AAGACUUUCUAAAGACUCCCGAGGCCUUGCGAGCGUAGAAGCUUGCACACAAACAAUUUAACGUCGCUUCUCUUGGAAGUGACUCGUGAACAGCCAUUGCAGCCGGUGCAAACAGUGAAACAGCGAAGACCUUCUAGGCUACUAGUGCAAGAAGCAGGGCACUGACGACCGCAGACCCUCGCAUUGGGUACUGCAAAGCAAUAUAAUAACAUUCCACUGGCGAUCACAGCGAGUGCUCAAGCUUUGCUGAACAGCCGAGGAUUCGUCGCGUCACAGCCGUCAGCUGACCUGGCAAGAAAUGCUCGCUCGCGCUCCAUCUAACAAAGGGGCCUCCUUGGCAGCUGGAUGCAGCCAGUCUGGUGGCGCCCUGCAAACCCGGGUUCAAUCAAUCGGCACACGCCGGGCCGCAGGGUCCAGCCAGGCGCCUCUCGCCAAUGUCGCUGGCGCUGGUUCUGCUGCAGUGGCGGUCACUGGCCGGCGCGCGUCGCGCCUGGCGCGCCUGCCCAACCUCAGCGUCGCUGCGCAGGCAGGCCGCGGCGGCAAGGGCAGCGGCGGCACUGACGAGGAGCCCGACUGGGAGGCGGAGAUGAGCAUCUUCAACCAGCGCAUCUCGCGACCCAACCAGCUGGCCACACUGAGGGAGCUGGAGGCCAAGACGGCGGUGGGCAAGGUGUUGUACUCGCGGGACGGGCUGGUGAUUGUGUCGGGACUCAACGCCGACGCGCCGUUGGGCACCAAGGUGUCCUUCCUCACAGGCACCGCAGGUGUGCUAUUGUGGCACCGCUCUGACAACCUGUCCUUCUGCCUCGUGCUGGGAGACCCGGCCACGGUGGUUGAGGGCACCCCAGUGGAGUGCAAGAUCAAGGGCGUGCUGCAGGUCGUGGACGAUGUGAAGGGGCCGGUGACACGCAAGGACUUCGACGUGUUCACAGUGCCCGCCGGGGACGAUACCUUUGGCCGCGUGCACGACCACAUCGGCCGCCACCUACCCGCCUUCGACAGCCCGCAGCAGCAACAGCAGCCGCAGGAGGCGGCAGGCGGAAAGGGCGCAGCGGCCGGCAGCGCGCGUGUGGCGCCGCCGGUGACGCGGCCGCUGCUGAACGCGCAGGUGGAGAUGAAGAACCGGGAGCAGAUCAACGAGUCGCUGCUGACGGGCGUCAAGGGCCUGGACAUCCUGACGCCCCUGGGCCGCGGCGCCUCCCUGCUGGUGAUCGGCCCGGGCGGCGCCGGCAAGACCCGCCUGGCGCUGGACGCCAUCAUGGCGCAGGCCGCAUUCUACGGCGGCGGCAGCAGCGGGGCGGCGGUUGCUCCGCCGGGUGGUGUGGUGCGCUGUGUGCUGGCGCUGGCGGGGCGGCCCGACAGCGAGGUGCAGGCCAUUGUGUCCGAGCUGCGCUCCAGCGGCGCCCUGGCCAACACCGCGGUGGUCACGGCCGGCGAGUCCGCCCCGCUGGCGCACCAGUACGCCGCCAUGUGCGCCGCAUGCUCCAUUGGAGAGCGGGUGCGUGACGAGGGCGGCCACGCUCUGGUGGUCGUGGACGACAUCAAGCCGCUCAGUGACGUGUGGGAGCAGCUGCUCAGCGGACUGGCGGGCCUGGGUCCGGCGCUGCUACGUGAGGGCCUGGUGAAGGACGACAAGGGCCGCGACAUGCCCGUCGUGCCGCCGCCCUCAGCAGCUGCAGCCGCCGGGGCAGCCGCGGAUGGCACAGCGGAUGCGGCGGCGGCGGCGGCUGCAGAGGCGGCGGACGCCGCCGCUGCUGCUGCUGCUGCGGCCGCGGUGCCGGGGCUGCCAGGCGGCGAUGACGACAACGCGCUGGUGGAGUAUGAGGGGAUGCUGGUGUCGGGGGCCGUGGCGCAGCGGCGAGGCUUCCUGUCCACCUUCUUCAUGCGUGCCGCCAAGAUGUCGCGGGCCAACGGCGGCGGCUCCAUGUCGCUGGUGCCGCUGGUGCCCGGCACAUGCGCCACUGGCGUCAGCAAACGCAUUGACAUGAGCAAGUACAAGACGCUCAGCCCGGAGCAGCUCGCCAAGCUGGAGGCCGCGUUGCGCGCCAAGCAGCUGGCUGAGGAGCUGGCCAGUGCGGGGUCUGGCGGCGGCGAGCUGGCCACCGAGGUGGUGGAGGAGUUCAUUUCGAUCGCGGACGGACAAGUGGUGCUGGACCGCAGGAGCACUGCGGCAGGUGGGACAGCAGCCUCGCCCUCCUCCUCCUACGCCGUCAACCCCAAGCUGUCCAUCACGCGCAUCGGCACACGCGCCUACUACAAGGCACUGGAGCUACUGGCGCCGCAGGUGCGCCUGGACCUAGCCCAGGCCGACGACGCACGCCGCUUUGGCGCCACGGCCAGCGCCGCCAGCGGCAGCAGCAUCGCCAGCGCGGACCUGUCGGCGGCGCCCGCAGCCGGCGGGGCGGCAGGCAUGGCGGCGGCGGCGCUGCGUGCGGACGCGAUUGCGCAGCGGCUGUCGGCGGCGCUGCUGCAAACACCAGGGGAGCCGGUGGCUUUGGCUGAGCAGGUGGUGACGCUGUAUGCGGUGCUGCGCGGCUGGACGGACGCCGUGCCGCCUCCCCAGCUGGCCGCCUGGCUUCGGGGCGCUCUGGCACACGUGCGGUCGGUGGCGCCGGCAGCCAUGCAGGAGCUGGGCCGCACCGGCAUCCUGACGGCGGCGGCGGAGAAGGCCAUCUCUGACGGUCUCCGCACCUUCACCUUCCGGCCCUGAGCGCCCCGCAGCAUCUGUGGCAGCGUCUGCGACUGCGGCAGCAGCGGUGGCAGCCGUGUGGCCAUCAGCUGACUGCCGAGCUGCGCGGCUGCUGCAAUAGAAUCCAGAGUGUACAGGCCGCGAGUGUUGGACUCUUUCUUGCGAGUGGUGAGAAGUCAGCUUGCUUGGGUUGUGAGUGCAGUGUCCAUGUGUAUAUUGAGUCAGAGCGGAGUGAGUCGAGACACGCGUUCGUGUUCAAUCAGUCGAUGCACAGGCAGUGGUGCCACUGCCAUCUUUCUUCCACACAGGGCUGCAUCACAGCAUUACUUGAUCCCUGGCCUGAACUGCAGUGACAGCGCCAUGUCGCUGGCAUUAGUGUGGCUGUUAUGUGGCACAGGGGUGGGCAGGAGUGGCAGCGGUGUAGGACGCUGUGUGCUGCUGCGUGUUGCUGGAGCGCUGCAAGCCUCGUGCAACCCGUACAUUUUGUGGUCUUGAGUAUGUAACGGUGUCCAACU